GCUCCGUGGAGACAGAUGGAUGCCCUAAGCAGAGGACGACUCCUGCACAAGCUGGCUGAUCUUCUUGAGCGAGACAGAGUCAUCCUGGCAACUCUGGAAACAAUGGACACAGGCAAACCUUUUCUGCAGGCUUAUUUCAUUGACCUGGAAGGUUGUAUAAAAACACUCCGAUAUUAUGCUGGAUGGGCUGAUAAAAUUCAGGGCAGAACUAUCCCAGUGGAUGAAAAUUUUGUCUGUUUCACCAGGCACGAACCGAUGGGUGUCUGUGGAGCUAUAACUCCAUGGAACUUCCCGUUGCUAAUGCUCAUUUGGAAGAUGGCACCAGCACUGUGCUGUGGAAACACUUUAGUUAUUAAGCCAGCUGAACAAACUCCUCUCACAUCGCUGUACAUUGGCUCGCUGAUCAAGGAGGUGGGUUUCCCUCCAGGUGUGGUGAACAUUGUGCCAGGCUAUGGCCCCACAGCUGGAGCUGCUAUUUCUACUCAUCACAGCAUUGAUAAAAUUGCUUUUACUGGAUCAACAAAGGUUGGAAAACUGAUCAAGGAAGCUGCUUCUAAAAGCAACCUCAAAAGGGUGACAUUAGAGCUUGGAGGGAAAAACCCCUGCAUUGUGUGUGCAGAUGCAGACUUGGACUUGGCAGUGGAAUGUGCCCAUCAAGGCGUGUUCUUCAAUCAAGGGCAGUGCUGCACGGCUGCCUCGCGAGUGUUUGUGGAGGAGCAGAUCUAUCCAGAGUUUGUCAAGCGCAGCGUGGAGUAUGCCAAGAAGCGACUCGUCGGAGACCCCUUUGAUGCCAGAACUGAACAAGGGCCCCAGAUUGACCAAAAACAGUUUGAUAAAAUCCUGGAGCUGAUAGAAAGUGGGAAGAAAGAAGGGGCUAAGCUGGAGUGUGGGGGUCUUGCCAUUGAAGACAGAGGCCUGUUUAUAAAACCCACUGUGUUUUCGGAGGUCACUGACAACAUGCGUAUCGCCAAAGAAGAGAUUUUUGGGCCAGUUCAGCCAAUUAUGAAGUUCAAGAGUAUAGAAGAGGUCAUAAGAAGAGCUAACAGUACCGAGUAUGGACUUACGGCUGCAGUGUUCACAAAGAAUCUGGACAGAGCAUUAACACUAGCUUCUGCAUUGCAAUCGGGAACUGUCUGGAUCAACUGUUACAAUGCGCUCUAUGCACAGGCUCCUUUUGGUGGCUUUAAAAUGUCAGGCAAUGGCAGAGAACUCGGUGAAUAUGCUUUGGCAGAAUACACUGAAGUGAAAACAGUCACCAUUAAACUCUCCCAGAAGAGCCCAUGA